AGGGUGUUUGUACGUUCACAAAUCUAAUUUCACGCUUACGUUACGUAUUACUUUUUUUCAUACCAAUUUACAAAUGUAUUUAUGAAAUUUCUUACGAUCCCAACAAUACGUACAGUUAACCUUUUGGCAGAUAUCUAACACCAUAAAAAUGCAGCCUCCUUUACAGCAGCUAUAUAGUAUUGUAUUUCUCUAACGGCAAAAUCACGUGUUCAGUGACGAAGGGUAUCGUCAAACUGCCUCACAACUUCCUUGUUAUUGUCGAAACGCCCAGCAAGUGGAACCCAGGAAUGCAUCUCUUCAGGCUUGAGAUUUACACCAAGGGGAUAAGGCAGGGUUGCCUCCUAGCCUGAACAUAUCCUCCUGCUUUCACAGUCUCCCUCUCCCUCCAUCGCUCUCUCUUCCCCCUCUCCUGCUAAAAGCCAUGAUGCUGUGUUGGGGCAGUACCAUGGAGGGCCAGCUCGGUAUUGGUGAGGCUGGGGACCCCGUGUGUGAGCCCCGAAGCUGCAAGGCGUUCGAUGGGCACGGCCUAAAGGAGGUGGCGUGCGGCGGCCGCCACUCGCUUUUCCUACUGCGCGACGGGAGAGUGUACGCAUGCGGCUCAAACAGCUGUGGACAGCUGGGGCACGACCGGCCGGGGAACUCGCCAGAUCAGGUGAGGGCUCUGAACAGCCAGAAGAUAGCAGUGGUGUCGUGUGGCUGGGCCCACUCCAUGGCGCUGAACGAGCAGGGCCAGGUGUUUGCCUGGGGGGCCGGUGGAGGGGGCCAGCUGGGCCUGGGGACCGCCGAGGAGACCGUGCCAAUCCCCAGGUUGAUCAGGAAGCUUUGCGAUCAUCGCAUCUCUCAGAUCAUGUGUGGCAACCAGCAUUGCAUUGCCCUUUCCAAAGAUGGCCAGCUGUUCACGUGGGGCCAGAACUCCAACGGACAGCUGGGUUUGGGGAAGGGUGAGCCCAGCACUUUGUCCCCACAGCCCCUCAAGUCCCUGUCAGGGAUCCCCCUGGCUCAGAUCACGGCCGGAGGAGACCACAGCUUCGCCCUGUCCCUCUCUGGGGCCGUGUUCGGCUGGGGCAAGAACAACACAGGCCAGCUGGGGCUGAACGACGAACAGGAUCGGCCUGUCCCCUGUCACAUCAAGUUCCUCAGAUCCCAAAAGGUGGUUUACAUCAGCUGUGGAGACGAGCAUACGGCCGCUCUAACUAAGGAUGGAGGCUUGUUUACGUUCGGGGACGGUUCGCGGGGUCAACUGGGUCAUGACUCCAUUCACAACGAGCCUCUACCCAGGCGGGUGCAGGAGCUGAUGGGCACCGAGGUGUCCCAGAUUGCCUGUGGCAGUCACCACACCCUGGCGUUUGUGCCUUCGUCCGGCCUGGUUUAUGCAUUUGGUUGCAACACUAGCGGACAGCUGGGCACGGGGACGCGAGGUGACGCCAAAAGCCCGAUUCCUGUCAAAAGCUGCCUCACAGGAUGUCUGUCUGGAAGUCCUCGUCACAUGUCCAAUCGCUGUGCCAUCACCAAAAUCAACUGUGGAGGGGACCACAACUUCCUGUUAUACACGGAUAACGAGAGUUCCACUGCUCCAGAGGACUUCAGAGUCACUAACAUCAGUAAAAGCAUCUCUUUGAUAAAUUAUGACCGUUUGAAUACGUGGAGGAUGAAACUUCUAGACAAUACAGAUUCUACUAUCACCAAAGACAUCAUUGUCCUGCUUUCUUCCACCGCCUGUUGGAAUGCCAGCUUCUUGGAUGAGAGUGACGACGGCCAUUUUAAGACCAACCCUAAAGUCCCUGGAAUUGAUCUCAACUCAGUCCGUCUGCUAUUUGAGACGCUCAGUAAACCACCCUUUGCUAGAAUACUGGAGCAGGCCACUAAGAGCUUUGAGAGCCUGUUGAUCCCUCAGCUGCCGUGCUCUCCCCCGGACGUCGAGGCCAUGAGGAUCUACUUGAUCCUGUCAGAGUGUCCCGCCCUGAAAGACUCCAAGAACUACAUCACGCUCACCAUCCCCCUGGCCAUGGCCAUCCUUCGCCUGGAUGCCAACCCCAGCAAAGUGCUUGAUAACUGGUGGUGUCUGGUGGAUGGCAGUGUGUUCUCCAGACUGGUGGACAUGUAUAAAAGCAUUGUGGUGUUCCUGUUGACUGGAGGAAAGGCCCUUCUCAUCCCUGUCUUUCUCGAAAGCUACACCAGCGCCACACUGAAGCUUCUGGAGAAACUUCACAAGGUGAACCUGAAGGCCGGGCAUGUGGAAUACAACCGCUUCUAUAUCCCUGAUGUCACUACUCUAGUGGACAUCCAGGAAGACUACCUCAAGUGGUUUCUGAGUAAAGCAGAGAUAAAAAUGAGGUCCCCGCCAGUCCAGAGUUCAGUGACUUUAUGUGCCUACCCGUUCAUACUGAACGCCCGAGCCAAGACCACCAUGUUGCAGACGGAUGCAGAGCUACAGAUGCAGAUGGCGGUGAGCGGGGCUAACAUGCACAAUGUCUUCAUGCUGCUGACCCUGGAACCACUGCUGGCGCGGAACCCCUUCCUGGUGCUACACGUGCGCAGGGACCACUUAGUGAGCGACGCACUGAGGGAGCUUACCGUCUACUCCGACGUCGACCUCAAGAAGCCCCUCAAGGUGAUCUUUGAUGGGGAGGAGGCGGUGGACGCAGGGGGGGUGACCAAGGAGUUCUUUCUGCUGUUACUGAAGGAGUUGUUGGACCCUGUGUAUGGAAUGUUCACCCAGUACGCCGAGUCCAAUCUUCUCUGGUUCUCAGAUAAAUGUUUCGUUGAGCACAACUGGUUUCACCUGAUCGGGAUUGUCUGUGGCUUGGCCAUCUACAACAGCACGGUGGUGGACCUCCACUUCCCCCUGGUCCUCUACAAGAAGCUACUGGAUGUAGCGCCCAGCCUGGAGGACCUCAAGGAGCUGUCGCCCACUGAGGGCAGGAGUCUACAACAGCUCCUGGACUACGAGGGAGAUGACGUUGAGGAGACGUUCUGUCUUAACUUUGCUGUCACCAGAGAGUACUACGGUCUGACAGAGGUCAAGGAGCUCAUCCCUGGCGGUGACAGCAUCACGGUGGACAAGGGCAACAGGAAGGAGUUUGUGGAGGCCUACCUGAAGUACGUGUUCGAGGACUCAGUCCGUGAGCUGUACUCAGCAUUUUCCUCAGGCUUCCUCAAAGUGUGUGGUGGGAAGAUCCUGUCUUUGUUCCAGCCUUCUGAGCUCAUGGCCAUGGUAGUGGGCAACAACAACUACAACUGGGAAGAGAUGGAGAAGAAUGCAGUUUACAAAGGAGAGUAUUCAGCCACUCACCCGACCAUGAGAAUGUUUUGGGAGGUAUUCCAUGAGUUCCCCCUGGAGAAGAAGAAACAGUUCUUACUGUUCCUGACGGGCAGCGACCGCAUCCCCAUCCACGGCAUGGAGAGCCUCCGCAUCGUCGUCCAGUCCACGUCGGCCGAGGAGCACUACCUGCCCGUGGCCCACACCUGCUACAACCUGCUGGACAUGCCCCGCUACCAGACCAAAGAGACCCUGCGCCGACGCCUCACCCAGGCCGUAGAGCAGUACGAGGGCUUCAGCUUGGUGUGAGACCCGGCGGCUGGGCCUGUGACUCCCCCUAGAGGCCUGGAGGACUGAGGACAAGGGGACUAGGCAUGGUUGCUAAUGCACUUUAAUAGUAACGGGCCCUGUAACGGAUGUCGGUGGAUGGUGGAAUUGAUGGGAAAGGGAUGCUAUUCUAUGGCACUUUAAAUGUUCACCGAGUACAUGAUGUGUACAUGGAGGGGAGGGUGAGGAGAAAUGACAAAGGAGCACAUAUUUAGGUUACCUAGAAGCAGAUUAUUAUUUUGAUAUAAUUCCGCUGUUUACUGAUUGCAAGGUGUAGGCUUCAAAAUGUCUAGAGUUUUUUUUUUUUUUUUUUAUUAUUUCUUUUAUUAUAAUGCGGACAUUUGAUUCAUUUUUGUUUUUAAUCAAAAUCUUUUGCAGACACAUUGGUGGAUUUGGAGUUGCAACUGUGUGUUCUAUACAGAAUGAUGUACAUAACGUGAGCAGUUUUUGAAUUCAACUUGCUGUUUUGAUUAAGAUAAUUUAUUACAUUGAAAUAUUAAAUGUUUUUUUUUCUCUCCAUUACCCAAUGUCAUCAUAACCUAUUGUCUCUAGAUCCGUUUCACAUCACAGCAGAUUCAGGAGUGUUAGGCAGAGUUCACUGAGAGUGAGAGGAGAAAAUCCUUUGAUAUUGCUGAUAAAAAAAUAAUAUCUGAUUAUACAUGUAUCUGUGAACUUUGAGCCCUUUACCUUUUUAGGGUUUUGGCCAUUAACGGUUUAGUCUUUUACAGCUGAUCUUGGGUCAGUUUGAAGACCGAUGAUACCAGAUAAAUGCAUCUGUGAACAGCAGGCUCAGGUCUAAAUAAGUACAUGGGUUUUAACAUCCCACACAUACAAUCCCAUAGGCCUUUUCUACAUUGGAUAGACUGACUGGCCAAUGAACAGACUGACUAUGCUUGUGUCCUUACUUUUAAAUUGAACAAUAUCGCCUUUAAUUGCUAUGUCAUCUGGGUGAUUUUAUUACAGUGCUUUUGGUGUUAUUUUAACCAAUUGUAAAAUGUGUGCAUGCAAUGGGGGAUCACAGAAAUCGGCUCAUCCUUACUGUAUAAACAAACAGGAUAUUAUUAAGUUGAGCUCUAGUCUUCCUCGGGUCCACAAAUCCGGUGAUACGUCUUGUCCUUUACAGUGGCCCCUGCAAACAAAGGUUAGAAAUAAACGACCUCCUGCUUGUGUUUUGGCAGAUAACAGGGUGGUAGUUUAUGGUCCCCACCAGUUCGUUCUGGCCCGACAUAACGUUGGGGCCGUCCGGCAGUUUGACAAGCGCAUUAAUCAACAAUGGGUAGUUAUUAACUGCAAGCAAACAAAUUGUAUUGUGUCAUCCUAUCAGCAGGACGUUAACCAGUGCAGUAAUGAAAUGACAGUCCCGGUCUGUUGUGUUGCACCCCGAUAGUCUGCCGGUAAUGUGCAAAGUUUUCAGUAUUUCCGUUACGACUCCCUCAAAUGUAUGCGUUCAUUACGCAAGUGACAAAAACAAGCGUUUAUUCCGCCUAUUUAGUCACAUUGCAGAGCAUCUCAGCCAGUGGAUGUACUGUGUUACGUACCAUUUCUAAUGCCAGGUAUUGGCUCGCGUGUAACCGGGGUCAAGGCAAACGUGUUACCUAUAGGGGUUUAUUGGUGUUAUCGGUUGAACGUGUCACUAGGCAGUUUUGUUUUUUUGUUUUGUUUUAGGGGUGACGAUUCUUAACUCCGUCGCCCUCAGCACAUGACAUUAUGAACAAGGAAAAACGUCUCGUUGACCUGUGUUUCUGAUUCACUGCCUGAGGGAGGCUGAGUGUGUUCUUUACAUACACGUCUCCUGUUUUAGCCUGGCCCCGGAGUGUUUGUUACCAUGUUGUCAACCCUGACAUUGCCAUUGAUGAGAGCCCACACAGAUCCAGAACCAGGCUAGGGGAAAACCUGUAUUCCUUUUCUUUUUUUUACACCACCGGUAAUAGGUUUUCUGGUCAAUGUAUGCAAUUAAGGGCUGAUGUGGUACUGUACCUGGAUUAUUUUACGUAUAUAAUAUUUACUUUUGUACCUUUUAAAUGGAUGACAUUGUUUUCUUUAUCAUGUUUUUUUCCUGACCAAAUAAAACGUAAUCCCAACUUGA